ACGGCACCCGCGCUGCCCGCGGGGCGGGGCCGGCCUGGGCUGUCCCGGCUCGGCUGGGCUCGGCUCCGCACGGCCGGACCCACCGACCGACCCACCGACCUCCGCCCGCCCGGCGCCGGCCACCGGCCCCGGCCGCCCAUGGGGAGCGCGGCCCGGCGGCGGCCCGGCAGCAGGAGGCAGCGGGGAGGCUCCCCCGGCGGCCCCGCUCGCCCGUAGCCCGGCGGGGCAUGCCCGGCCCCAGGAUGCCGGCCUGGGGGAUCCUGCCCGUCACGCUGCCCGCCUUCACCAUCACCGGCAUGUGGAUCGUGUAUGCCAUGGCACUCUCCAACAACCAUAUCUGCCCCGUCCAUAACUGGAAUUACAACCAGUCGUGUGGUGUGGACAGCCCCGGCUCCUGCUGCACGCUGGACCACAUCCCCCUCGUCAGCAAAUGUGGCACCCUGCCUCCCGAGAGCUGCUUCUUCAGCCUCAUCUGCAGCCUGGGCUCCUUCAUGGUCAUCCUGGUGGGGCUGCUGCGCUACGCCCACCUCCUGGAGCGCCUCGGGCCGUCCCUCCUCAACACCCUGGGGCUGGCCACCGGCUGGGUCUGCGCCGCUGGCCUCACCAUGGUCGGCAACUUCCAGGUGGAUCACGCCAAGGUGCUGCACUACAUCGGAGCAGGGGUAGCCUUCCCCACCAGCAUGCUGUUCCUGCUCCUGCAGUCCAUCCUCACCUACCGCAUGGCCAAAACCCCCGGGCAGUACUGGACCGGCCACUUACGUAGCAUCCUCACCGCUGUGGCCUUCCUCACCCUUGUCUUCAGUGGUGUGUUCUUCAUCCAGGAGAGCUUUGUGCUGCAGCAUGUGGCUGCCCUGUGCGAGUGGGUGUUCAUCAUUGAUGUCCUGGUCUUCUAUGGCACCUUCACCUUUGAGUUUGGGGCCAUCUCCACAGACACCUUCCUGGUCCUGCUGAAAGCCAGCCGGGCCCCCAAAAGUUACAAAGGCGAGAGCAGUGUGUCCAGCACGGUCCACAUCCACAGCCAUGCAGAGGGCCUGGCCAUGGCCUGACCCCCACAUGGGGAGGCCUUAAGGCUCAUGGCGGGGACCCCCAACUUGGCAUGUGCUGGUGACUCCCUCAUCCUGAAUGUCUCAGAGACCCUGGCUGCCUCUGGGUGCGUGUGUGUGUGUGUAUGUGUGCAUGCGUGGGCGUGCGGUGCCCUCCCCUCCUGGUGGGAGCUGCGGCCGCAGCUCCUCCAGCAGCUGGUGUCCCCUGCAGGAGCUGCCCACUCCCUGCUCCCAGGGUUUGGGGUCACUGCGGAGGUGCCAGCCUGGUUCUGCCAUUGGCAGAGCCGGGGUGUGCCCCCGAGCCCUGCUGAGUCGGGGGCUGUUGUAGGCAAUCAUACAGAGGCCCCCUUCUGUAAGGGAUGUGGGGGAGCAGGGGGCUCGCCCUCCCCUCACCACCCAAGCCUGGUGCACUGGGGAGGAGGGAUCGCCAUUCCUCCCUCCCUCCCUCCUCCGCAGCCACCGGGGCAGGGUUAGGCAAGGCAAGCCUUCCAGCCGGCCACUGUGACUGUGUCCGAGGAGCAGAAAUCCCAGAGUGCCUUUUCCCUUCCUUGGCGGGUGAUGACAGUGCCGGUCUCUGCACCCCGAGUGAGGAUGGCAGCGGGGGGUGUCUCCCUGCCAGCCUGCCUGGGUGGGGGCAGUGGCUUGCACUGCUGCAGGGUGACACUAGCAGCCCCAGUGGGACCUGGCUGUCACUGCUCAGGGCCUUCUGUGCCUCCAGCUGAUGACUUUCCCGCAUUUUUUCAGCUUGGAGGAGAACUGCUGAGGCAGGUUUCACCUCCUGGGCCACGGCAUUCCCGUGCUUCCUGGCAGCCAGCUAGGUGAGGAAAUGGAUCUCUGCAUUUACCGUCAAACCAGGGAUGUCCUGCAAGCACAGCGCCUGCAGCGCGCUGGAUUUCCCCUCCAUAGCUCUGCCAGCUUAAGCUGACUCUGCAGGACAGCCCUGCACGCUGUCCCUGCGCGCCCCAGCCCCGCUCUCCCAGCCUGGGGAUGGGCUGCUGCCAGCCCUCCCACCCAGGGAGCGCAGGCACGGAGAGGCCACGCGUUUGUGUAGGAGCAGAGGAACCCCACACCCCGCUCUGCCAGGACUCCCAAAUCCGUCCUUCGGUGCCUUGCCCAGCGCUCAGCCCAGCCAGCGCCUGCCCAGUGAGAGCCCGUGCGGCUCAGCCCCAGCCUGCGGCGUCCUGGGCAGGGGCUGGGGUGUGGGGUGGGCUGUAUAGGGCGAUGAAUGGGUGUGCAUGUCUGUCUGUAUACAUAGAUCUACAUAUACAUAUAUAUAUACACAUAUAUGUAUAUAUAUAAAUUUUCCCUUGUCCCUGGAGAGGGGCAUUUGCUGCUGCUGUGCGCAUUGGUCAGGUUGGGCUUCCUGACUUGCCCACCUUUUCAAACUCGGCCUAUAAAUCCACCUGUAUAUGUAGUUCGAAGAGGAGCAUU